CUUCAGCUAUCAUGGGCUCUUGCAUAAGCUCUCAGGGAAAAGACCUUUAUUUUCACCCAUAUGCCAAGGGAUCUUAUAUAUGCCUGAGUGACUGCAAACAACGCGCUGAGCGCAUCCAAAGCUUCUGUAAUGGAAUUCUGUUUUCUAAUCGGCCUAUCCGAAAUAAAGAGCGGCUCUGUAUCCGCAUUCUGGAGGAAGAUUUUGAGUGGCACGGAGGACUAAGAGUUGGCUUUACUUUAUACAACCCAGACAUUUUGGAUCCUGAAAACUUUCCACGUUUUGCUUGCCCUGACCUUACCCUUCAUUAUGGCUUCUGGGGUGUAGGCAUCCCAGAUGAUCUAUGCCAGGUGGGUGCAGUGUUAUCUUUCUGGAUAGGCUGCAAAGGGCAAGUAUUCAUUCAAGGAAAAAAAGACAGCUGUCCAAGGCUGCUAUUCUCAGGACUUCCCAAGAACACUCCUCUGUGGUGCAUGUUAGAUGUCUAUGGAUGCACAAAAACCAUCAAGCUACUGUAUCCUCCAAAGUCAAGUUCUGUGUGCUCCUGUUGCUUAGACAAAGCUUCCAAUGCAUUGAAUGCUAGACACAGUUGUCCAUCUUCGCCUACCCCCUGUGAAUAUCAAGAUUUGCAAUCGGAAAGCAAGUACUGCUGCUCACUAGAAGAUGACCCCACCUGUAUUAUUUGUCAGGACAGACUACCAGACACCUUGCUAUUACCCUGCGGUCAUUGCACAUUCUGUAUUUCCUGUAUUCUGGAGGUGCAGAGACAAAAUGCUAAAUGCCCGUUGUGCCGUAAGAAAUUUUCCAACAUAAAAAUGUAUAAGCCUGACGGAUUCCUAACUCCUGGCUGACUCUUAGCUAUCUCAUAAAAAAAUAGAAAAAGAUGCCAAGAUAUAUCAGCUAUCACCUUGUAUCUGAGAGUAAUGAAAUCAGACAAAAUGCUGCACUCUCUUAAAGUUUUGGUGACUGCAAAGUUAUAAUGAGACAAUAUGGGAGAUUGAAAGAAAAGAUAUGCAAAAUGAAGACCUGUUGCAAAAGGAUUGAAAGAAAUGUUAAAGGACCAGUCAACACAGUAGAUUUGCAUAAUCAACAAAUGCAAGAUAACAAGACAAUGCAAUAGUACUUAGUCUGAACUUCAAAUGAGUAGUAGAUUUUUUUUCUGACAAUUUUAAAAGUUAUGUCUAUUUCCACUCCCCCUGUACCAUGUGACAGCCAUUAGCUAAUCACAAAUGCAAACACGUACCAUGUGACAGCCAUCAGCCAAUCACAAACGCAUACAAGUUAUGUACAUAUAACACAAGUUAUGCACAUGCUCAGUAGGAGCUGGUGACUCAAAAAGUUUGAAUAUAAAAAGGCUGUGCACAUUUUGAUAAUGGAAGUAAAUUUGAAAGUUGUUUAAAAUUGCAUGCUCUAUCUGAAUAAUGAAAGUUCAAUUUUGACUUGAGUGUCCCUUUAAAUAAACUAUGGCAGUCUAAUUUUAGGUGACGUUAUAUAUAGAAAACAUUUACAGGAAAUGAUUUUGCAUUAAUGGUACCCUCAUAAUGGUGAUGAUGAUGGGGUACUGAAACGUGUUUACAGAACUUUUUUUUUUUUUUACUGUGCCUCUAAGCACAGAAGUGCAGUCACAACUUACUGUCUGUGCAUUGAAUUCCUCAUGUCAAUCAUGUGCAUACCCUCAAAUUUUAAGACAAAAACAAUGCAUAGUCUAUUAAAGUCAUUUUUAGAACCAAACCUAUUAUAAUGAAAUUAUGUUUUAAAUAAAGGGUAACAAACAAUCCUCAAGCACAGCAUUCAGGCCACUAUUGCAGAAUUGUAGGGAAUUGUGGUCAUUUUUGCUUCUUUGUCAUCUAAGAGAGCAUUUUAUGAUAUAUUGUGUAUUUUCCUGUUCUGGAAAAGCAAGGGUUCUUGUCAGUGUUGCAGAGGCGGGAGAAAGUGUGCAAGUAGAUAGAUAGAUAGAUACAUAUAUACAAACAUAUACACACAUACACCUCCUCGCACACAAUUUUUUUUAUUUAUAUAUAAAUUGUAUCAUGUCUAAAAAUGUAUAUUUGAAUGUUUAAAUCUGUCUCUAUAGUAUUGUAGGGUAGCCUGGGUAAUGUUGUUCACAUAAGGAUUGGGUUUUGCCCACCCAUACUAUAGAAAUGCAUUUUAAAAAUAAAUAAAUGGUCUACUGGCUUUGUGUGUAGUGUCUAUGUAAAUCGUACAGGGAGAAAGAAUUACACUAUAGUUUACCUCUCAGGGGAGAAAACCCUGCAAUAUGUAUAUCUUAUAUGUAUUACUCAUUUUAAGUGGUAAUAUUUUUUACCUUUUGCUAAUAUUUUUACCUGUUUCAAAUGUUAUUUUUUUAUUUUUAUAUUCAACAAAUGUAUAAUAGAUAUAUUUUUAUAACUGUUUAAUAAAACAUAUAUUUAAAAAAA